AUGGCAGCGUCCCCAGACCCCGCAGUGUCCCCAGGCCCCCCGGGCGGGCUGGUGGCGGUGGCGCAGGUGACAUCCACGGCGGACAAGGAGCACAACUGGCGGCAGUGCUCGGGCCUGGUGCGGCGCGCGGCCGCCAUGGGCGCCCGGGCCGUGUUCCUGCCCGAGGGCUUCGACUUCAUCGGGGACAGCGCCCAGCACAGCCUGCAGCUGGCAGAGCCCCUGCACGGGGACACCGUGCGGCGCUACCGGCAGCUGGCCAGGGAGUGUGACGUGUGGCUGUCCCGGGGUUUCCACGAGCGCGGCCAGGACUGGGACAGCACCGGCCGCAUCUACAACUGUCACCUGCUGCUGGACAACUCGGGCUCGGUGGUGGCCCUGUACCGCAAGCUGCACCUGUUUGACGCGGCGCUGCCGGGGCAGCCGGCGCUGAGCGAGAGCUCCUUCACCAACCCUGGCCAGGAGCUGCUGCCCCCCAUCGACACCCCCGUGGGCAAGGUGGGGCUGGCCGUGUGCUAUGACCUGCGCUUCCCGGAGCUGUCCCUGGCCCUGCGCGGGGCCGGUGCCCAAAUCCUGACCUUCCCCUCGGCCUUCACCGUCCCCACCGGAGCUGCGCACUGGGAGGUGCUGCUGCGUGCCCGUGCCAUCGAGUGCCAGUGCUACGUGGUGGCCGCGGCGCAGACCGGCCGCCACAACGCCGCCCGCGCGUCCUUCGGGCACUCGCUGGUGGCCGAUCCCUGGGGCGCCGUGGUGGCACAGUGCCACGAGGGGCCGGGGCUGUGCCUGGCCCACAUCGACCUGCCCUACCUGGAGCAGGUGCGCAGGCAGCUGCCCGUGCACGGCCACCGCCGGGGGGGACAUCUACGGGACACCGACGGGGACACCGACGGGGACACCGGGGACGUGAUGGCGCCGGGCGUGGGGCGAAUCCGCCGGGGUUUGCACCGGGUUUGCUUUUCUGUCCCCAAAAUGGGAUGGCACAGUGUGUCCUCCUUGUUCUUUUUGGGGUCCCAAAUCAGCCCCAAAUCUCCUACAAUUCAGCCCCAAAUCAGCAUCAAUUCAGUCUGAAAUCAAUCCCAAAUGUGCAUCAAUUCAGCCCCAAAUCAGCAUCAAUUCAGUCUGAAACCAAUCCCAAAUGUGCACCAAUUCAGUCCCAAAUCAGCCUCAAAUCAGCAUCAAUUCAGUCUGAAAUCAAUCCCAAAUGUGCACCAAUUCAGUCCCAAUUCAGCCCCGAAUCUGCCCUUUUUGUCCCCAAAAUGGGAUGGCAUAAUGUGUCCUCCCUGCUCUUUUUGGGGUCCCAAAUCAGUCCCAAAUCCCCAUCCAUUCAGCCCCAAAUAUGGAUCAAUUCAGUCUGAAAUCAAUUCCCAAAUGUGCAUCAAUUCAGUCCAAAAUCAGCCCCAAAUCAGCCCCAAAUCAGCCCCAAAUCUGCCCUUUUGUACCCAAAACUGAAUGGCACAGUGUGUCCCCCUGCUCUUUUUGGGGUCCCAAAUCAGCUCCAAAUCCCCAUCAAAUCUGCACCAAUUCAACCCCAAAUCAGUUCCAAAUCUGCCCUUUUUGUCCCCAAAAUGGGAUGGCACAAUGUGUCCUCCCUGCUCUUUUUGGGGGUUCCAAAUCAGUCCCAAAUCUGCCCUUUUGUCCCCAAAAUGGAAGGGCACAUGUCCCCCCUUUCUUUUUGGGGGUCCCCAAAUCUGCACCAAUUCAGCCCCAAAUCUGCUCUUUUCUCCCCAAAAUGCAAUAGCACAACAUGUCUCCCCUUUUUUUAUUGGGGAUACCAAAUCAGCCCCAAAUUUCCAUCAACUCAUCCCUAAAUCAGCUCCAAAUCUGCACCAAUUCAGCCCCAAAUCAGCCCCAAAUCUGCUCUUUUAUACCCAAAACUGAAUGGCACAAUGUGUUCUCUCUGCUCUUUUUGGGGUCCCAAAUCUUCACCAAUUCAGCCCCAAAUCAAUCCCAAAUCUGCCCUUUUUGUCCCCAAAAUGAAAUGCCACAACGUGUCCUCCCUGCUCUCCUUUUGGGGGUCCCCACUCUUUUUUGGGGUCCUGAUUCAGCCCCAAAUUUGCUCCAAUUCUGCAUCAAUUUAGCCCAAAAUUGACCCUGAAUCUGCCCCAAUUUACACCAAAUCUGCUCCAAAUCAGCCUUUUUGUCCCCAAAGUGAAACAGCACAAGGUGUCCCCCUUCUUUUUUUGGGGGGAGUCCCAAAUCUGCUCUGAAACUGCCCCAAAAUCAACCCCAAAUCUGCUUUGAAUCAGCCCCAAAUCUGCCCAAAUUCACCCCAAAAUCUGCAUCAAUUCACCCCCAAAUCAGCCCAAAUUUGCACUGAAUCAGCACUUUUGUCCCCAAAUGGGAUUUUCACUUUUUGGGGGGGUUCCCCCUUUUUUAGGGGUUUUGGGGGAGGAGGAAUUUCUUUCUAUUAAAAUUUGAAAAAUACAAAAAUCCCAGGAAAUGACCCCGA